AAGCAAGUGAGAAGAGCACCAGUACACGCUCAUUCUCCAGCAGUCCUCCAUGAUAUAUGCAGUGGCGUAGAGAGUGUGACAAUCAACUCACCGGCUCAGCAAGAUACUCAGUACAUCACUUGCAGAUGGAGAAUUCAUCUGAGCAGUCUCGUUGGGUGUCCCCCAGCCUGAUCAAUCAUGACCCUUUAGCAAGCUACACCACAGAGCCUGGGUUGCUGCCACCCGGUGAGGAAGAUGAGACCUUCUACUCCAGUUCUGAGACUGACUUAUUGCCAUCAUAUUAUUCCACUAGCGGCCAGAGCAGAGCCUCUUCGUCCUUCAGGCACAGCCCAGUUCGACAGGUCUACACCUCUCCAUCAAUUCUGGGAAACAUCCAGUGGUUGGACAACUCUCCGGGUCACUCUCUGAACUCUUCUUACAAUCCCACGUCCACUGUCUGGACAAGCAAUCCUUAUGCAAAAACACCUCUACACCCUCACACCUCCCCGUCAAUCUACCCUACCACCUCCUCUUACACCUCCCCUAAAGAGGGCUUCCCUUCCCCAAGGUGUGAUGAUAAGGAAAGUCCCAGGCUCCAGGAAGCCCUAAAAGCUGAGCGGUUGAGUCCCAUGGGUGGAGGAGGGAGCAGUUUCCUCAAUCUGACCUCCGCCGCUGGGGAAGUGUAUGGUCCUUCUCCACACAUGUUGAGUCCCUAUGGAUCAUACAUGGCCAUGUCACAAGAUUACAGUUCAGCUGGACUUUACUCUAGCACGGGACCCUGGAUGAACCCUUCGUCCUACUCCCCCAAACUUCGCAACAAGAUGAGACUUUCACCACCAGAGGCACGUGAAUGUGUAAACUGUGGUGCCACUGCCACCCCUCUGUGGCGUCGAGAUGGUACAGGCCACUACCUCUGCAAUGCUUGCGGACUGUACCAUAAGAUGAAUGGCCAGAACAGACCCCUCAUCAGACCAAAAAAGAGGCUGAUUGUCAGCAAGCGUGCUGGAACGCAGUGUGCCAACUGCCAAACAAGCACUACAACACUAUGGAGACGCAAUGCCAGUGGUGAGCCUGUGUGCAACGCUUGUGGCCUCUACUUUAAACUACACAAUGUCAACAGGCCUUUAACUAUGAAGAAAGAUGGCAUACAAACACGGAAUCGCAAGGUGUCUAACAGAAACAAGAAGGGCAAAAAGAGUGUAGCUUCAGAGCUUUACCCUGACAUGUCUCAUAUUGCCCCUCAUGAUGAGCACGUAGGACCCUAUUCUUUAAACCCAGGACCCCUCCUGUCCUACAGUCACACACCUCACCUGCUGCCCCCCUCCACCCUGCACUCCUCCCCCACCUUGUCCUACGCCCACCACUCAAACUCUGGCAUGGUGCCCACACUAGUGUGAGGGAGACUUCUACUGGACCACAACAAGGCAUGUACAUUACAUUGUACAUAUACUAAAUACACAACUUGCUUAAAGUCAGCAAUGUCUUAACUGUUUUUGAACUGAUAGUGCAGCUUGAAUAAUGGAACAGCUUGAAUAGUUGCUGACACUGUUUGCUUACAGCUAUAGCAUAUAACGACAAUUGUAUAUUUAUUAAGGCUUCUUGAAUGUGCUAUACUUUGAUUUAUUUUAAGACAUUAAAAAAAUGUGUGUUGUAAUUACAAUUUUUUUAAAUCGCUUAAUACAAAGUUUAUAAAACAUAAAAACAUGCAUUGAUAUUUUUGUUCUACUGCUCUAUAGCAACAAUAUUCA